CAUAGCCCAACAGCCAAACAGCACUGUAUUUUUUAUUUUUAUGUUAUAAAUAUUAGAAAGAACAGAACACAGAAGGCACAGCGCCGCCUCAAGCUCUAUCCCUAAUCCCUAUCUUAUUCUCUCUGCUCUCGCAACACGCUCUUGCCUCCGAUCUAAGGUGUUGUUGAAGCUUCAUUUUGUUGGCUUGGUAUACGUGCAAGUUCUGCGGUGGCAGAUUCCAAGGUGAAGGCGUCACGUUAAAGUUUCUUUCAUGUUUGAACAGGCUACUAUCCAUUUGGGAGCAACUGAGCUGCUUGGAGAGUAUUUUUCUUCUUCUAGAAAAAAUUAUAGACCCUCAUCACCGCAGAGAGUUAUCUGUAUGCAUCGCGAGACAUACCAGAAAUUCACUCAGUUUUGUGGUAGCGGUUGGCCACCUUCCAUUAUCCCCGAAGGAGAUUCUUCCAGGCUACAAGCUACUUUAGAGACCGAAAUUGCUGCUGCGUGUAACUUGAAUUCUUGGGUUUGCUGCCACUGAAUAUCUCUGAGACUUUGUAAGUCAACAUGGCUUUACAGAACAUUGGUGCUGCAAACAGCGAUGAUGCCUUCUAUAGGUACAAGAUGCCUAAGAUGAUUACCAAAAUUGAGGGCAGAGGUAAUGGCAUCAAAACUAAUGUCGUCAAUAUGGUUGAUAUUGCAAAGGCAUUGGCAAGGCCAGCUUCUUACACGACUAAGUAUUUUGGUUGUGAGCUUGGGGCCCAGUCUAAGUUUGAUGAGAAGACUGGGACUUCCCACGUCAAUGGAGCUCAUGAUACUGCAAAGCUUGCUGGCCUUCUUGAGAAUUUCAUCAAGAAGUAUGUCCAGUGUUAUGGUUGUGGAAAUCCUGAAACUGAUAUCAUAAUUACCAAGAACCAGAUGAUCCAGCUGAAAUGUGCUGCUUGUGGUUUUGUGUCCGAUGUUGAUAUGAGAGACAAGCUGACUACCUUCAUCGUUAAGAAUCCUCCAGAAGUAAAGAAAGGUUCCAAAGACAAGAAGGCCAUGCGGAGAGCCGAGAAGGAGAGACUCAAGGAAGGUGAAGCAGCAGAUGAGGAACAAAAGAAAGUGAAGAAAGAGGUUAAGAAGAAAGGUUCUUCGUCUACAAAGGAUGGCACUGCAAAAUCCACCAUUUCAAAGAAGAAAGGAAGUGGCUCUGAUGAAGAUCGCACAUCGCCUACUCACAGACAAAUUGAAGAGAAAGAGGAAGCUCAUGACGAAGAUGAUGAUGAUGGCGUGCAAUGGCUGACAGACACGUCACUUGAUGCUGCUCGUCAACGUAUCCAAGAACAGUUAAGUGCUGUGACAGCCGAUAUGGUUAUGCUUUCUACAGAUGAACCAGAGAAGAAGAAAAAAGCAGCAAGUAAUGAAAAUGGUGGUUCUCAGAAUGGUAACUCAAUGAACUACGGGGCUGUGGUUGCUGAAGUGAAAGCAAAUUUGAAGAAAGGUUUUGGAGAAACUGAAUUGCUUUCUCGUCUUGCAGCACUUCCCGCACCUGCUCAAGAAAAGAUGACUGCUCUGGUUGAAGCUCUAUUUGAGGGAACAGAGAAAGGUUUUGGUAAAGUUACUCUUCUGAAGAAGAACUAUUUCGCUGCUGCUGUUACAGAGGAGGGAUCCCAGAUUUUAUUGCUUCAUGCCAUUGAGGAAUUCUGUUGCAAGUCUAAUUCCAAUGCUUUGAAGGAGGUUGCCCUGGUUCUGAAGACACUGUACGAUGCUGAUGUGUUGGAGGAAGAGCACGUGGUUAUGUGGUAUCAAAAGGGACUGAAAGGCGAUAACAAGAACUCCAAGAUUUGGAAGAAUGCCCAACCUUUCAUUGAAUGGCUUCAGAAUGCAGAAUCAGAAUCGGAUGAAGAAUAAUAUGUGAUCAUUAUCAUGGAGGAAGAAACACUCUUGGAUUUUCCUUUACUUAUGUUUGCUUGUUUGUUUCAUGUCCUUUAUUUCCAAUAAAGGGUCUUGUUGGCCCCAUGUUCUGAACUAUGAUCUUUUAAAUUUAUUGCGAAGGUUGCACUGCUCUAUUAGUAUGUACGCGUCAGUGUGUGGUUCUUGAGUAUUUUGGCUUUUUAUGUUAAUGUUUUAUGCUUAUAAUAAAAUGUGUCUUGAUAA